GUGGCGUGUAACAGGCGGUUAGCAGCUCAGCCCCCUUCAGCCUGUGUGCUGGAGGUCAGUGUGAGGGGGGUGAAGAUCAGUGUCCAGGACCAGUGUCACUCUGCUCAUAGGGGAGACCAGUGUUUCCAUUUCUUCCAGUUGAAGAACAUCUCAUUCUGUGGCUGUCAUCCAAAACACAGCAAGUAUUUUGGUCUCAUCACCAAACACCCUGACCAGCAGCGCUUCGCCUGUCAUGUGAUGGUUGCAGAGACAACACUACAUCCUCUAGCUGAGUCUGUAGGGAGGGCCUUCCAGCAGUAUUACAGGGACAAUAUUGGCUACUCCUGUCCCACUGAAGACAUCUUUAUUGAAUAACCCCUCUCCCCCAUCCACACCAUGUCCUGAAUACUCACUACUGUAUGUGCACGUAAGCCUGGUCUUACACAGCGACCACUGAUGUCUCUUCUUCAGAGUGCUUGCAUGGGGGGUUUCUUUUCUUACCUGCAUCCUGUAGUACAGAAAGAGUUUUAUUUUCUUGAUCCAUGUCAUAAUGUACAUUCCUCUAUGGAUGGUUAGGAUCACAUGACAUGUUCCAUACACUGACCAGAAAUGUUUUCCAAAACCUAACCAAAUACUACGGUGGUCCUGAAGUGCAAGUCAAAACAACAU